AUGGCACAGGCAAAUAGCCAAACCGUCAAGCACCGUGACAUCACCGGCGUAUCCUGUGGUCCCGAUAUGAUGUCAGAUGUGUCAGGGCUAUCCAACUCUAAACCAACCUUGUGGACGCCUCGGAAGAAAGAGAGCGUUCUUUGCCUAUACGAUGGCGAAGAAGUCGGUUAUUUGGAUAUCCCGCCACCAUGGCAUAGCAUUCAGCUGUCGGAUAUUGAUGAUGUUGUUCUGGGAGCUGGGCGAGUUGGCAAGCGAAACUGGGAUUCUAUACUACAGUCAAAUAACGUUGUAGUUAUAGCUCGAGAGAUCAUAAAUAUACAAGGAUCAGGUAUAAAGAUUGCGACUGUUCAUUCAACCACUCUCGUUCUAGUGAGGCCGGGCUUCGCGUGUAAUAAUGAUACUUGUUGGUUGUUUUAUUUUCUCUUCUUCUUCUUCUUCAGUUGGAAAGGAGCAUAAAUUUUGGAGGAAACAAUUUGGUCUGUCUCUGAAUCGAACCCUCGCCGCUUGAACUCUAUAAAAAAGGACAAGGAACCCUGCCAAACUGCUAAACCCCUUUUUUCCCACUCCAAAGAAACCGCCCGAGAGACAGAAUACGAGGUAAAUCCAAAGACAAAUGAACAAAACGGACAGAAAAAACAUCAGGUUCAUCGAUACUAGUCAUCCUACGUGUCAUAAAUUGAAGUGAGUGCAAAAAGGUGAACAACGGGGAGAAAGAAUAACGGGACCAAAAACACCAGAAAAAUUGAGAAAAGAAAUAUGCGCAUGUGCGGCCCAAGAACCUAGAUCAAAGAUCUCGAAAUAAGGGCGAAAUAAGGGGUAUCUAAUCCAUAGACAGGAAACGGGAGACGAGCUGGCCCUUGGGAACAAAGAUUAGUGGGUGUGGUAGUAAUUUUAUAUUCGGACGGGAAAGAAAGAUAUAUGGGAAUCCGGUGGGUGCAGAGGACGAAGGGCGUAUCUGGUCAAGACCAAAAGGAAAAAUAAAGGAGAACCUCGGAAAAAGAGAGAAGGAAACAAGCAAACUCCCGUGCACUGAAAGGCCGAACCCGCACAGAACCAAGCGGCUUAACAGUCCUGUUAAGCACCUCAACAUUUACCACGUGGGGAGGGAGAAAAAAAGAGGGGGAUGGGGCUAAUAAAUAAUGCAUCUUCAAAUGUAGAAAACGACAUCACGGCAUAUUAACCGUCGAAAAAAAAUACACAUUAGAGAACCCCCCGAGAUGCCUCCUUCGGUUUGAUCUCAAUUACCUCCGGCACAACGAAUCCAACCCACGUCUUGAUAAUGGAUGGGCUGCCCUCCUGAACACCAGUGACUGACAUAAUCUCCUCUCGCCAGCCAAUUGGAUCGGUCUCGGAUACUGUCAAUUCAGAAGUAUCAUUCCUAUUCUUGACGGUCCGGGCGGCCCGAAUCCGACGCCGUUCGCGCUCAAUUAUAAUAUCCUCCACAAGGCCCGGUGUGAGGAUCCCGCUCACUUUCAUAGCAUUGAAAAGCUUUUGAAGUAUUUUGAACGGGAUCGCAAGGAAUAUAGCUGACAGUAUCCUCUCCUCUCUGCUAGACGUGCAGUUGUUAGCAGCGGCAAAAUUUCCAAACGUCACUGAGGAAGAAAUUUCUCUGAUCGAGAACCUAGACGGUGCUUGUCCGGAAAGUCUGUCGGGCAGCUCUCGCGAGUUCACGUCAGGAUCAAGCUGGAAAUUUUGAGGGAAGUUUUUAAUGAGGAAAUCAAUCGCUUCAUUAAGAAGUUGUGGUCCCCAUAUUUCCUUGAGCUCCCAGUUGAGAGUGCAAGGAUAUUUACGGGGAUCAUCCACAUUCGCCAAAUCGCUCUCCAUAUCCUGCUCGCUGCUGUUGGGUAUAGAGGUCGCUUUAUGAUGGAGUUUGUCAGAACUGGCCGCUUCCCGACCAGUACCAAGGAUACUGUUAACUGGUGUAAUCAUAAAAUUGGAAGCUGAAAUACCGAAGUGAAAAAUGACUUCCAAGUUAUUCCAGCAGAUUGCAUUUGUGACGAGGCGAGAAGCACGACGAAGAAUCCUAUUCUCUGCAAGGAAAGCAGCUGAUGCGGCGUAACAUAGAGCAAAUCUCAUUUUCUCCAGCUCACGAAAGCGGCUUCCAUUUCCACAAUUCUGGUCCCGAUCCUCCCCAUUAGUGUUUCCAACAGCUUGCGUGAAGUCAUUGUCUAGCUGCUCUUCAGCUAUUAAUGGAACACCAUAGAAAUGUUGCAGUGCCAUACCAAAUGCAAAGGGGUGAGAGAAAGAGGCUGCAGCUCCCAGGUGUAUCUCUCUCGGGCGCGUAGCAGCAUCCAUUGCUUUCAUCAACUUUUUGAGAUGCGGACUUCUUGAAGCAAUUAACGAGUGGACAGGGAAGGACACAGGCGGGCAAUGUUCCGCGGAGGAAUUCAGGAUUAGUCGAAAAUCUGCAUAUUGUCCAGAUCUAAAUGUUUCGAGAAUAUGAACUGCAACUGGCUCUAAUUCUUCGUCAGAAUGGUAACGGGAGCUGUAAACGUCGCGACGAACAAUUGGUCCGGUACAAGGCUGGGGACCUUGCUGACAUACUUGAGCAAAAUCCAGCGGAUUAAGAACAUUUUGACUUCCUCCAUUGGAGCUUCUUUCUGCCCUUGUUAUGCUCUCUUGUAGACCAUUUCGACGGAUGGCGUUGUCACCAGUCUGAGCACCAUUGGCCUCAUUGAAAGGCAUAGCUGGAACAAAUUGAGCGCACUCUGCUGUUGGUCUAUAUUGUGGUAUGAGUGGGUGAUAUGGAUAGUUGGGGAACAUAAAAUAGCGCAUGCACGGCCGGGAAAGUGCAUCGCCGUUCUCACAGCAUGUUCCUGGAGGAUGCAUAGGUUGGGUCUGAUCUUGCAAAACAGGGAGAUGGCAAUACUGGGAGCCUCGAUAGGAUGGCGGGUAAGGAGGGAUCUGCAGUUGUGAUCCCCGGUAGCCCGAGUACGUCUCAGAAGAAGGGAGCGAGGGACUGGAAUUGGAACGGCUGCCAAAAUAAAUCCCAUGGCUUUGAAUCAUGUAGGGAUCAGGUGUUGUAGCUCGAGGAACCAAUCUACCCGGCGCUCCCAUAAAAAUUCCACCAGGUGGUAUGGAGGCGUUUGGAGAAGAACAAUGACUAGCGGUGCUAUGGGAGUGGUAAGGGUGACCUGGAUGGUAGGCCUCAAAACCACUCACUUGAGACAUAGGUUCUGGGAUUCGAAGCAUACUGUUAGCAACCAAAGCAUGAGUGCGAAGCGCAACAGUAUUAUAAACAUACCGGUAUCCGCCGUGUACUGGCUGUUGAAGCUUCCCUGCCCAAAUUGCCACUGACUUGCCGGUUGAGGUUGAGUGCUGCCGACAAUAAAAGGCUCGUAACGAUAUCCUUGCCGUGAUAUGUGGCUAUGAUCAAUUAGAGCGGUAGCAGUAGAUGCCGCCAGCUCUUCCAUAGACUUCUGAUACUCUGCCGCUUCCUUCUUAGCCUUUCUUUUAUUUCUAUUCUUGCUGCUUUUGCUCUGCUUUCUUUUAGCGGCUAAUUUCCUAACCGGCUUCUCAGUAUCCAACUGCGUUUGAUCUCGAUCCCCAGUCACCACCUCAGUGAGGGUUCGAUUGCAGUGCACAGGGACCAUUCUGGAACCACUUGGAUGAAUGGAGCAGAAAAGUUAUUGUGAUAUUCCGAUUGUCCUGGCUGCCUCGCGUUCGAUGUCCCUUUAUAGGCUCAGGACACAAUGACAAACAACAGAGGCUCCCAGAUAAAGUGUUGAGCAGGUGGUUCCACCUCCACAACUUUCUGUUGCGUUUUCUGCGCUGCAAUACCUAUGGUAAAUAUAAGGGAAACGGAUCCCCCUGAAGAAAGUGUGAGAAUUAAAUGGAGCAAGACGCGUAGAGACUGUCUGUAGAAGUAAGCCAAGGAGAGAGAAGAAGACCAGCACAGGUAAACGAAUGAGAUAGGUGAAAACAAAGAGAUAUCCUUCUACAGACUACAGUGUAGAAGAGAACGAUAGAGACUAAUGCGUGGUCUCUUGACCACAAUAGGCGGAUGUUGAGGUUUCCCAGGAGAUUGCCCGAUUGGGUUAAAGACUGGGACACGGAUAUUCCACCUCCUCCUCCACACAACGCAUUGAGAUGUGACUCUUGCUGAGAUGCUGCUGCUGAUGGUAAUGAUGAUGAUAGGAGAUAAUAAAUAUGAUGAGAAAUGAAUAGCACGAAGAAAGUGAUAAGUAUAUCGAAACGAACGCCGCGGUCCAACCCUAUCAAAGCAGUCCAACUCCUUUUGCGUCCGCCCGUUAGCAUUCCUUGCUGCGAAACCCGGAGAUGACAGGCUAAAUCGAUAAACUCGAAUGAAAGGGGGAAGAAGAGUGAAAAGGGAGGAGGGAGGAGGGGACGAAAGAAGGGCAAAAAGGGGACUGACUAGUUGAUGUUAAAUCAACCAAGGUAACACACAAAAAUCCCACCGUGAAUUGAUCUCACACAUCCAGGUCACAGACUUAAAACCAGUAUACAGUGGUCAACUCCAUCCCAUUCAUCAGACACAUUCAGAGUGAGGAAGUAAAGUGGGAAGGUAUAUCGGAGUGUUUCAUUCACCCAAAGUUGAAGUCACCACCUCCUCCCACUCCCGCUUCCCUCGCAAUUUUUGAAAGUAGAAUAAUUUUUGCAUUUGUUUUGUUCAUUUUUUAUUUUUUUGGUCACCCGGGGCCCUCCGCGGCUGAGGAGAAGUAGACAUGGAUAUAUAUCAGAGAAAAGAAGAAAAAGUGCAGGAAAAGAAAUCCAAGGGGGCCAGGGAGAGACAGAAUCUUGUACAUACAUAGAUAUACAUGCAACAACCAACAACCGACUGAAUCACGCAAUGAUCCUCUCGGCUUAAACGAGUAAAAAGGCCAA